GUGUUCCGGCCGCCCGGUCCUUUCCACUGAACUCCAACCCCCGCGCUCUCUAUCAGCAUCUCAUUCCUGUCUCAAUAUGUCUCAAGAUGGCGGCCAAUGCAGGAUCGAUGUUUCAAUAUUGGAAGCGCUUUGACUUACAACAACUACAGAAAGAACUAGACGCCACCGCCACACAGCUUGCCAACAGACAGGACGAAAGUGAACAGUCCAGGAAGAAACUAAUUGACCUGAGCCGCGAGUUCAAGAAGAGCACACCAGAGGAUUUCCGGAAACAGGUUGCCCCUUUGCUCAAGAGCUUCCAAGGAGAGAUCGAUGCCUUGAGUAAGAGAAGUAAAGAAGCAGAGGCCGCCUUCUUGAACGUGUACAAGAAAAUAAUCGAUGUCCCAGAUCCUGUACCUGUGUUGGAGCUGGCUCAGCAGCUGCAGCUGAAGCUCCAGAGGAUGCACGACAUUGAGACGGAGAACACCAAACUUCGAGAGACACUGGAGGACUACAACAAAGAGUUUGCGGAGGUCAAAAACCAAGAGGUGACCAUUAAGGCCUUGAAGGAGAAGAUUCGGGAGUAUGAGCAGUCUCUGAAGAAUCAAGCGGAGAACCUGGCCCAAGAGAAGCAGCUCCAGCUACACAACGACUAUGCAGAGAAGGAGAGGAAACUCCAGGAGAGCCAGGACUCCAUGUCGUCAAGGUUGGAAGAGGCCGAACACAAGGCCCAGUCCCUACAGACAGCACUUGAAACAACUCAGGCCGAGCUCUUUGAUUUGAAGACCAAGUAUGACGAGGAAUCCACAGCAAAGGCCGAUGAGAUUGAGAUGGUGAUGACAGACCUGGAAAGAGCCAAUCAGCGAGCAGAAGCAGCCCAGAGAGAGACGGAGUCGCUCAGAGAGCAGCUGUCCUUGAGUAACCAAUCCCAGCAGCUCGGCAGCCCUGCCAAGGCCGACCCCGACACGGAACAGCCGACAGAGGUGCCAUCCCACUCAAGUCUGGAGGCGGAGCUCAGGGCCAAAGAAAGGGAGACCGCCCAGCUGGUGGAGGACGUCCAGAGACUGCAGGCCAGCCUGACCAAACUCCGAGAGACCACCAGCUCCCAGAUCACACAACUGGAGCAGCAGCUCAGCAGCAAGACUGCUGUUCUCAAGGAACUAGAGGAGAAACUGCAGAAGCAAGCUGACUAUGAGGAGGUGAAGAAGGAGUUGAGUAUCCUCAAGUCUAUGGAGUUUGGAACAUCUGACUCUGUGCAGGACUCCUCCAAACCUCUGGAGGUGCUGUUGCUGGAGAGGAACCGUAGUCUUCAGUCUGAGAGCGCCGCUCUGCGCAUUGCCAACACUGAGCUCAGCGGGUCAGCCGGAAGAAAAGGGACGGAAGAGUCCACGCCGAAGGAGGAGACCAUGCCCAACGACCCCUCUCCCUCGCCCCCUCCUCCCCCUCCCUCUCUUCCUUCCUCCUCCCAGCUCCCCCUGUCUCGCACCCAUACGGACCACCUCAACACUGCUACCACCACCAGCAGCAGCGAAACGCACCCGUUCAGUCCUACGGGCAUUGGACAGGACUUCUACUCCCCUGUGUUCCCUCUGGUGGGUGGUAAGAUGGCUUUGAACUCCCUGAUCCAGCGGCAGCUGCUUCAGUCCUUUUACUCCAAAGCCUUGCAGGAGUCGUCUGGAAUCCCCAGUGGGGCUCUGCUGUUCACCCCCUUCACCCCAACCCUCAGCUCCAUCCCUACCUCCACUCCUGGCUCUGGGUCAGCUGCCAUCCCUCUGGCAGCAAGCAGCCCGCAGCCGCCUCCAGCCAGCCCAGACAUGGGUCCUGUUAACGGGAGCAGCACCGCUGGCAGUGCCCCAUCCCCGUCGCCCAGCCACUCUGACGCCACUACAGGAAGUAUUUUGGACGGGGAGGAUAUGGACACGGCAGAGAUUGCCCGACAGGUGAAAGAGCAGCUGAUAAAGCACAACAUUGGCCAGCGUGUGUUUGGCCACUAUGUGCUGGGACUGUCCCAGGGUUCGGUCAGUGAGAUCCUGGCAAGACCAAAGCCGUGGAACAAGCUAACCAUCCGGGGGAAGGAGCCCUUCCACAAGAUGAGGCAGUUCCUCGCCGAUGAGCAGAACAUCCUCGCGCUGCGCAGCAUCCAGGGACGGCAGAGAGAGGGCUCAGGCCAGCCCCAGCUUAGCCGAGUGUUUCAGGAUGUUCCGAAGCGGAGAGCCCUCUCCAAUACAGCUUCACACACAGGUAACAUUACCGCCCGCGUCCGCACCCCAGAGGCUGGUUCAGAUGAGGCUAUCAAGUCCAUUCUGGAGCAGGCCAAAAGAGAGCUGCAGGUGCAGAAAGCUGACUUGUCCCAUGCUCAACCAUCAUAUACAGGACUGAAAGGAGGAGGCGGAAUGGGAGGCGGAAUGGGAGGCGGAAUGGGAGGCGGAAUAGGAGGCGGUGGCAGCGGAUCAGAUGAGGCUAUCCGCUCCAUCCUAGAGCAAGCUCGCAGAGAGAUGGAGGCCCAACAGACUGCACUGGAGCCCAUCCUCAAAGCCUCAUCUUCGUCUUCCUCCUCUGCGUCACUAUCUCAGAGGGACUUCCUGAGCUCCUCGCUCACCGCUCCCCUUCCCCCUUACAACCCCCUGUCACUCUCUCUCAAGAAGCCUAGCAGCUCCCUCUUGUCCUCCCCCUCAUCCCCGUCUCCCAUCCUGGACUUCAGCUCCAGCGUAAAGAGAGAAGGCAGGGCUUCUUCAGGGAUUGACAUGUCUAUUGAUGGAGCUCUCAGGCUGGGUCGGAGCUCUGAGGGGUCGGCCCGCUCUGGGAGUUCUGGAGGAGUGGGUUACUGGAGAGAGCAGUGGUGGAGCAGCAUGCAUACAGACCCCCGCAGGGCCAUAUCCAGCCAGACAGGAGAGGAGAACCACAACCAGGAGGACUCCAAAGAGGGAAUAUUGAGUGACAGUUUGUCUCGACACAAACCGUGGAACAAGUUGAACCAGAGGAGCAGAGAGCCAUACCUCCGCAUGCAGCCGUGGCUCAAUGGAGACCAGGGGCAAAACGCACACAUUCAGCCAGCUCAGAAUCAAGCAGAGGGUACUCCCAAGACAUCAGCGAGCUGCAGCCCUGCUCCAGAGUCACCCCUCAGUUCAGCUGAGGAGUCUGUCAACGGUCUCGCAGGGGAUCCACUCGCUUCACAGUCCUCCAGUCUCAAACCUGCUUCUGAGGAUCCCUCAGGUGGGGAGUCUCAGCCCGGUACCCCGCUUCCUCCUCCUGGUCAUUCGGGUCUCAGCAUCCAGGAAAUGGUUGCAAUGUCCCCUGAGCUUGAUACUUACGCCAUCACCAAGAAGGUUAAAGAGGUGCUGACGGAUAAUAACCUUGGCCAGCGUCUGUUUGGGGAGACUAUCCUGGGUCUGACUCAGGGUUCUGUCUCAGACCUGCUGGCCAGGCCCAAACCCUGGCACAAGCUCAGCCUGAAGGGCAGAGAGCCCUUCGUCCGCAUGCAGCUCUGGCUUCAGGACCCACACAGUGUGGAGAAACUCAUGGACAUGAAACGCCUGGAGAAGAAAGCUUACAUGAAGAGGCGGCUGAGCUCCUUGAGUGAUAGCCAUUCUGUUGACGUGGGUUUAGUGGGGCCGGAUUACAUCCAGGGCUCGCAGAGCCCGGGACAGCAGCACUUGAAGAAGGCCAGGGUGGUGUUGGGCCCCGAGGAGAAGGAGGCCCUGAAAAGGGCCUACCAGCAGAAGCCCUAUCCCUCCCCCAAAACCAUUGAGGAGCUGGCCUCCCAGCUCAACCUGAAGACCAGUACUGUCAUCAACUGGUUCCAUAAUUACAGGUCACGUAUCCGACGAGAGCUCUUCAUAGAGGAGAUCCAGGCAGCUGGAGGGUUAGGGCCUGGCAGUGAGGGGGGCUCCCCUUCCCUUCGCGGGUCCAAAUCAGGAGAGGGGGACAGCUGUGAUGGGACAGAAUCUGAGGGCACAGUGGAGACACGCCAGGGAGUGGGCAUUGGCCUGGAGGAUCACAGAGGAGCAUGCAAAGACGACAUGGAGGUCGAGUCUGAGGCAGGGGGCUCUAAUAACUCCCCUGACCAGCUAGACUGCACCACCUCAGGCUUUGCCGGGCCGGGCUCCAGCUGUGGACAGGGUGGACUAGGGCUCUUCAGCCUCACAGAGGCAUCCUCCAGUGGCUCUGCCUCUAGUACUAACAUCCCAGCCUCUGGCCCUGCCAGAAACCCCAGGGACAACAAUCUGCGCAAGAAGAAAGCAGCCAAUCUCAAUAACAUCAUCCACAGGCUGGAGAAGGCUGCUAGCAAAGAGGAUCCCUCAGAGUGGGAGUUCUAGCUCCCCCUGACCAUCCUUCAUCCCUCUUGUUUCAUAACCUCACAACCUCUAACCUUGGACCCCUCCUGCUCUGUUCCAGUUGGAGAGUGGACACAGCCAAAGUCAAGCUCAGCAGCCAUUUUUAUUACAUAAAAGCUUUCCCGAAAAGAGGAAAGAAAACAAAGAGUGGUUGGCAAAACCCUUAAAAAGAAGAUUAACUGAAUACCUAGAAGAACAAAAAUAAGAGAACUUAUGUGUCUCUCGUUUUUUUUUUUUUUUUUUUUAAACUGAGUUUUGUUUUUGUACUGAGAAAAGCACUUAGCCGUCCUGCUGGCCUCCGGCCCUGCUGUACCUCCCCCAAUCACCAGCCACUGGUGCACCAGACUGGUUAGUCCUGAGCUGGGGUCUGACCCACAGCUGGGGUUGAAACCUGGACUCCGUAACACAGGCAAGGCCUGACACAGCAGCUGUCACAGUGAUAGACACUGAUAGAUGAUAGAUAGAGACAGGAACUCUCUUACAAGAACUCUCACUUUCUUAAAGGAGAUUUUUUCCGCUCUUCUUCUCACCUCCCAAGUGUCCACAAACCUCCCCUCACUCAGUGAGAUGCCUCAUUUUUCACACUGUAGAGUGACUGUUACAAACCCUUUGCCUUUUUCACUCACUGCGUGUGUGUGUGUGUGUGUGUGUGUGUGUGUGUGUGUUUGUAUGUUAGGGGUUGUGUCAGUGUGCACCUGUUUGUUUGUGGAAGUGUGUGUGUUCUCUUCUCAAUGGCAGCAUGUUUUCUUUUUAAUCUCACUCCUACACUCUUAAGAGGGUAGUGGAAGGCCUGCCGGCUGAGCUGCCAUGGUUACUGAUGUAAGAGAGAUGAACUUUGACCCGUUGUGUCCCAUAUCCUAUCCUGCUGACAGCCAUGUGAUGGCCAGGAGGAUCUCUUAAUUCCUCCCAAACACACAGGCACUCAUCUGAAGAGGAAGGAUGGAGGGAACCCUGUUUUUGCCUCCUUAAACCCUUCUUUUAAGGAUGAAGGAUGAUCUCUUUUUUUGAUAUUGCAAUUUGGUUGCCAAUAAGAGAUUGCACAGUCUAUUGACUCUAAAGAGUUCAAAAUAGGGAAUUUUAGGAAACAUUUUUAAUUAGUACAAAAUAAGAACAGAAAAUGAGAGAAUAACAAGUUGCUGUUUUAAAAAAGAAAAAGAAAAAAACGAUUACAAUGGAAUAAUGUUGCGUUGUUGAAAUACGAUACAAUGAAUUCACGUAGUACUGUAGCUGUCUGACAUGGUGAUACUAUACGUGUCUCUUGUUGUUUUAGGUUGUGCACGUCACAGCUUUUAUCCAGCACUGGACCUGCUGGGUGUGCGAGUGUGUCUGCACCACCAACAUAUUUUCUCUGUUCACAAACACACAUCUUUUUAUAGGCCAAAUCAGGAAGAGAGUGUGUGUGUGUGUGUGUGUGUGUGUGUGUGUGUGUGUGUGUGUGUGUGUGUGUGUGUGUGUGUGUGUGUGUGUGUGUGUGUGUGUGUGUGUGUGUGUGUGUGUGUCUUGUGUGCAUUUGUAUUUGCCUGCAUGUAAGUCAGGGUCGAGGUCAAUUCACUCAGAAUUAAAUUUAAGAAGUAGAUUAUGAACAAUGAAAUUCCUGAAUAAAUCGCAACGUAGAGUACUUGAUAAAUCUGUACUUUCUGUUGAUUGCCAUCAAAGUGAAUUCACCCCAACCCUGGUUUGAGUAGUUACCACUCUCCUCCAGUCUAUCCUGUAUCCAGGGAUGUUUUGCAUUGAAUUCUACUGUAUACACUACAAAUUAUAAGGCAUAUCACCUCCUCCCUGUCCCACACAAGCCCUCAGUGCCUGUCAGCCUACUGCCUCCCCUUUGUGUGUGUGUGUUGUAUGUGUGUGUGUGUGCACGUGUUUGCGUGGGUGCAUGUACACACAUGCCUGUCAAUACAUGCGUGUGCACAAGUGCGUGCGAUUGAGGAGUGUUCAGUGUUUCCAAUGAGUGGGGUCAUAUUUCGUAUCUACUUGCACACACUACUAGUGCACAACUGACACCCUUCUUUAAGCUGUUUGAUGCGUUACCAUUACAUUAAUCUUCUCACAAAGUAGUGUAAUACUAUGAUUUACUGUAGCUUGGUUUUAUUGCUAUUUUGCAUUUAUAGUUUGGUUUUUAUUCUGCUUAUUUAUAGGUGCUGUAUUUUUCAUUUAAUGUCUUAUCAUUUGAGUUGUCUAUUUUUUAAGGGAUUAUACUGUUCCUGAGGGCAAGUAACAUUUUUAUUAGACGUAUAGACUGCCGGCAGUAUUGGUUAAUAUUUACAAAGAUGUACUAGUUCUCAUUUGUUUGUAUAUUCAUGAAUCCUAAAGUUUAGUGUCAUUUCAAUAGCUUUGAAAAAAAUGUGUUUGCUACAGUUCAUGCUCCCGUAAGCAUUAAGCUUUUACCACAACAGUUAUGCUCUUAAAUUGCUAGCUAGAAUCAAAGGACAUAUCAAGAUCAGUGAAUAUAUGAUGGCAUAUCUCUUUUCCUGUUUUCUGUCCUCCGAUAAUAAUUUUGGCAAGCCCAACACUAACGCUCGGCAGGGCAUGCAGCUUUCUUUAGAUAGAGUUCGCCCACUCUGUAAUCACAUCAACAUCAUUUACAGGUCCAAACAUAUACACUUUGUCAAAUAGGUCAAAUGAAAUUACCUAAACUUGAAAACACAAGUUAACUCGAAAGAGGUCAUAUCUGCCAAAUUGAGAUUAGAGAAGUGUACCAGCUAGCAGGGGUGUUACGCCAGAUUGAACAGAUAGCCAGCCUAUGAUUAUGCAGAAUUUAUAUUUCAGUCCGUCAAAAAAAAAAAGAAGCACUUAUUAGGAUCUUUUUUGAAGACUUAGUUGGGACAGGGUCUGUAAACACUACAACAGAGUACGAUCCCAGGAUCCUGGGAAAUGUAUGCCUUUUUUAAAAGUGGUUGUGAACCAAGCACAGACUCUUCUCCGCAUCCUAACACUAAAAUUUAAAGAUAAGAUAGCUGUGCCCAUGUUUUCUACACGAUAAACUGUAUUCUUAUACAGUAGCUUCUUAUUUCAAACUAAACUGUGUGGCAGACAUGGCCAUUGUCCUGUACAGUUGUAGAUAUUAUGAGUAAACGCCUGUUUUGGUUUCUAUCCAAAAAUCUCAGUCCAUCCUUAAGCCUCCCCUUUCCCUGAAUGUACAUCCAGAUAUAUUGGCAGCCUGUCAAAAGAUAGUGAUAACCUCAUUGCACUGCAUUAAGAUGCAUUAGUUAAAAUUGGAUUUGCCAGUGUAUCGAAUAAUUGUAAAAAAUAAAACAAUUCUCAAACAUUGGCGCUUCCUGUGGACGACUGAUGUGAAACAUCUGUCUUCUGCGGAGUACUGAAGGCUUAUAAUGCCUUCUGUUGGACUGCUUGGACUGGACAACCAUGGUAUGUUUAAUGGUGAGGAAUAGCUACUGUAAAGUAUAUAAGCACUUAACCCAUUUGCCAUUUUAUAGCCAGAUCCAUCAACUCACCUAAACCAUGUGAGAUCAUCAGAUUUGUGCCUUUAACUGCCAAGCAGGGCACCAAACUAGUGAUGUCAUUAGAUGUAGAUGAUUUCACCCAAUAUGUUCAUAAUAUAUCCCACAUCUUGACCCAGAUUAAUUUCUCAUACACUUCAUAUUGGUACUUAAAAGUUGACUUUUCUCAGCUCUCUGGAGAGGGUUGUAUAUAAUUCCUGGAGUGCAGUGAAAGAGUAAAAGGAGGAAAACGAGCGCGUGUAUUCUUAUGACAGACCUGCAGACACAUAUCGGUCCGGGUCUCAUUUCAGAUGUUUGUUUUCCCACAAUGCAUUUCUUACGUUGUACAUAUACCUUAACUAGCAGCGAAAGGCAAGAGCAUUGAAUGAAGGAGGAAGCAUGCAGAAACAGCGUACACUGUAAUAACACUGAAUUUAUUCAUAGGGCAUUUUGUAUUUUUCUGUUUGUGUCAGGUUUGCUGUGACAUUAAUAAUGGCACUACAGGUAUUGAUAAUGACGUGUGCCAAUUCUAAUGGUUAUUUGGAAAAGAGACGUGUAAAUACAGUCAAUCAAGUAGCUUUUGAGUCACUAUUGUCACAGUAUGCUUUUGUUUGAAGGCAGGAGGAGAGAAGGGACGAUUCAGGACUUUUCCAUGAUCCACAGAUAUUUUUCUACAAAUUUAAAUCAGAUGAUUCUAUACACUGUUGAAUAACAUUGUAAAGGUGUAACAGAUGCUGUAUAUCAUAUCAUGUUUUCUGAAGUCGUAAAGCUUUACUGUAUGAUCUGUUGAAGUAGUGGUUAUUCAUUUGACAUAUUAGUUGUAAUGGAAGCCCGAACAGCAGCACUGGUCACCAUAUUCAGGAAAAAAAGAAAAAAAAAGAAAGAAAGGAAAAACCUCAGAUGUUUUUUGUAAUACUUUUAGAAUAUAUCUUAUGAAGUUGGUUUUGUAAGACAACACUUUCCGAAUCAGUGGUGCUGUAUGCAUAGCACACUCCGUAAUACAUACACACAUAAUACAGCACAAUACACUCAUCCUUUGGAGAAAGAAGAAAAAAAAAAAAACUCCACUUGCGUGCUUUUAUGUUGUUCUUUUUUCCGCUCUCACAAUGGCUCCAGCUCAUUUUUAAGUCUUAACCAUUUCCUCUUAUCUCUUCAGUUAUUUCACGCUUAACUGUACAAUUUUUAACACCCAGAGAUCAACUCUGGAGCGAUAAACACCCUCGCAAGACUUAAAAGAGGAAGCAAAAAGCCAAAUAGUGUAGUAGAUAUCCACUUCUGUUGAAAGGUUGCUGACAGUUUUCUGAAUGUUGCUACCUUGUGUCGUCGCUUCAGUUCACCCAUAGCUUAAACCACAGUGUAGUCUGACAACCAAAUGACCCCCCCCCCUCCCCCUCAUCCUUUUGGAAAGCUUUAAGAUGCUUGUUGAGGCUUUAGCGAGUUUUUUUUAGAUGAUUUUUUCCAACCUUGUCAUCAACAAUGUGGAAGUAAUAAUUCUCAUAACUUCUCCCACUGCUUAUUUUGUGAGUGUGUGUGCGCGUACAUGUGUGUUGUAGUACAAAAGGCUGCAUGACUGUAAAGGGAUGGUUAAGAUGUUUUUUUGAAAGUGGUUUCCCUAGCACUUCUGUCACUCCUGAGAUGCUUUUUUCUCCUUUUUGGGGGUCUCCCUCCCUUUUGUUUUUCCUCAUGUAUCAUUGUUUCUUUAUCUUUCUAUUUACUAAACGUAUCAUGUUGUUUGUUCUCAGCACUGUAAAACAGUCCCUUCUACAACAUUGAAAAGCAAUAUCACUGUAUGAAACGUUCACAAUGUAUUUGUUAUGAUUGACAUUUGAUUCAUCAUCAUUAUUAUUCACAUGCACCCUAGGUGUGAUAAUUGAAGUAAAUCUCUUUUAUACAAAUACUAAAA